AUGAAUACAUCUAAACACAAAGAAAUUACUAGAAUGGCUUCAUAUAUUAUUCAAAUUCCAACAGGAACAGGAGUAAUUAACUUCACAACAGCAUCAAAUUCAACCUCUACAGAUGAUAAUGUAAUUUCAAAUUAUGGUAGUAAUUUUAAUAUUACAAAAUGUAAUUAUUUAAACAAUAAAUUCAUAGGAAGUUCUGGAAUUUUUGAUUGUGAUAUUAAAUGUUCAUAUUCAAGUUGUUCAUUCAUAGGAAACAAAGGAAUAUAUUUAUUUGACUCAAAACCAAAAUCUGUUGUUAAUUGUUACUUUAAUAAUGAUGUCACUCAAACUAUAAGUAAUAAUGCAGCUACAUAUGAACCAAUUCAACCAUUUGAUUUCUAUAUAUCUCAUUAUUCAACAUAUUAUUGUCCUGCUACAUAUUUUUCUUAUAAUUUAGUAAAAAAUGAAAAAGAUUCACGUAAAAAAUUUAAAGAAGAUGAAUUAGAUUUGGAUGACAUCAAAAUUAUUGUUAACAAAGUUUAUAAAACCUCAUUUGUUGAAGCAGUAAAUUUCUCUAAUUUGGCAGAAUAA